AUGAAGGCUCUACCACUUAUAUUGCUUUUACUUUUUGGAAUAUCUGCAUGCACUGCAAUCUUUGUAAAAAAUAACGGCGGAGGUAAGAACCACGGUUUCUCCUCUGCAUCCUCUUCAUCUUCAUCAUCGUCGGAAGAAGGAAAGAAACAUGGACACGGGCAUCAUCAUCAUAAUCACGGAAGACCUUCAAGACCACGUCCAACACGUCCACCACGUGCUCCAGUUUGUCCGUCCGAUUGGAUGACAUUCGACCGACCACAAGGAAAAUGGUGUGUUAAGGCAUUUUAUGUAUCCGGCAAUCACAGUGUUGCGGAAGCAAAGUGCAAUGAGAAUUCAGCUACACUGACCGGUUUCCAAACUUCGGAUGAACGAAUGAAAACCGCAAGAAAUAAAACAUUUUCAACUAAUCGUCUCUUUUUUUAA